GCAUAUUUUUAGUGCAUCGCUUACAAGUCAGAGCUAAGAAAAUUUAGAGUUUUAACGCAAUGAAGUUGCUUUACCUUAUUUCGUUUCUGUGCAUAUUGCAUGCGGGCAGCACUUUGGAAUUCACAAUCCUGGAUAUACUCCGCUCGCUGGAACAAAUUACGGAAGGCGUAAUUGCGAGUGCACCGGGACCCUUGCGACCACAAUAUAUUUUCAAGACCAUUAAAAAUGCAGUAGAAGGUUUGCCUUUUCAAAUUGCAAGCGCAGCAGCAAAUGCCAUUUGCUCAGCUGUUAUUGCCAGAGGCAGAGAUCAAACACCAGAUCAGUAUAAACCAAGACUAGAAGACAUAAAGUUCCAAUUUCGCACAGCCUGCGAUAAACGUGAAUAUCCUAUAGAGGAUCCGUCCGGGUUAGCUGACGAUGCGGAUUUUGACCCUCAGAAACAGACAGUUAUAUUUUCGACCGGCUGGACCACGACUGUAAAUAAUGAGCGACAUGAUGCGUUAGCCAAGGCGUAUAACUGCCGUGGAGAUACUAAUUAUCUGGCAUUAGAUGUUGGCGACUAUAUCAACACACUUUAUGUGUGGUCAGCAGAGAACACCGACACUAUUGGCAGAUAUGUCGCCGAGGGCAUACAACGUUUGGAGUCUAUUAUAGAUAUUGGAAACCUUCACAUAAUGGGUCACAGUUUGGGUGCACAAAUAAUGGGUUCUGCAGCACGCUACUAUCGCGAUUUGACUGGCAAUACAUUGCCUUAUGUGACUGGAAUUGAUCCGGCAUUGCCGUGUUUCAACGAAGGUGAAGCGCUCACAGUGAUAUCUUCCAGUGAUGCCGAAUUCGUGGAUAUCAUACACACAAAUCCGGGUGUAAAUGGUCAGGUCCAGUCCUUUGGUCACGUUGACUUUUACGUUGGUGGUAAAUUUCCCAUACAGGAUGCUUGCAAUGAUCCACAAUGUUCACAUGAAAUUGUUUGGAAAUACUACGCCGAGUCGGUUUAUCCAAAUAAUGUUAAUGAUUUUUUGGCAACUCGUUGUAGCUCCCUGAAUAGUCUGCAAGAGGGCAAGUGCCGUGGCAAUGUGUCUCCGAUGGGUUAUGCUGUGCCUCAUGACAUAAGAGGCCGAUAUAUUUUGGAGGUGAAUGCUGAAAAGCCAUAUGGAAAAAAUGCUACCGCAGACUAUACGGAUCCAGAUGCCUCAGUUUGUGGCAGUUGUCAGUAAUUGGGGUAUUUAGCAAACCGCUCAUAGAUAGCUUAUAUUAUUUUUUUUAUAAUAUUUCAUAUUCGUGUUGUGGUCACACUCGUAUUUAUGAACAUACGGAUGUGCAUAAGCGUUAUGUACGUUAUGUAAGGUAUAUAAGCGUUUCAAUUAUUUUGUUAUUAUAUGUUCCAUAUAAAGUUCUUUAUUCUGAAUGGUGGUGGUUUAUACACUUCAAAGGAUUUCUCGAUUUUGUUAAUAUGUAUCCAUUUUUAUUUUCUCGCAUGGAAUCAAUAUCAAUAAAUAUCGUAUGGUUUUAAAGUUA